AUGGGAGUUCACAGAACAAUAAGCACAUCAGGGCCUCGAUGGGUUACCCGUGUUCUUCCCGGAGUCGUUUCAGCGGCAACGGUCGUCUUUCUGCGCAUGUCAAUCUCAUCAUUCUCAUCACCAAUUUGCAAGCCUAUAAGAGACCGAGUGGGUUUGAUAUCUUUUUUGCUAAUACUACUUGUACUCGCUACGUUGCAUGUUCUUGAACCCAUUGGCCAACUUUCAAGACACCUCUUUGGGAUCGAAACCCCAAUUGGUUAUGACCCCUUUGAAUCUUUAAAGAAGCAUCUGCAGCCUUUGGGUUUGGGUGCUCUGGUUGUGGCGUUGUUUUUCUUGGGGAAUUACCAGUCUUCCGUUCAUGCCACCUAUUGGGGUAUUUAA